CCAUGUGACAUAGCCACGAGGCUAUCGGCUGCUCCUUUAAGAGUUAUUUCUAUCACCUGCACCAUUUUUUUCACCGAUUUUCUUUGCGACACUUCAAUAUGCAUUAACAGGCAGAAAUAGUGCAGCUAGCAGGACUGCCAUAUAAAUUACAGCCAACAAUAAUUAUAAGGAAGGAACCGCACAACGUUGCAUGAGGGAGCUGUUUUGAGUUUAUAUUAAUGCCUGCUAUGCCUCCAUGUUCAAAGGAUAUUUGCGUUAUCUCUCUAUCAUAGUGUAUCAAGGGGCUGCUGUGGCACUGCAAAAUAUAACUCAACCAACUAAAUCAAGCACCCUCAAAACUAUCAUGCCAAAGAAUUCACAUUUAAUUUUAAUUUUGUGUCGACUUGGUCAAGAAUAACUUGUUUCCCUCUAACUUGUUAAAACAGUAACUUUCAUUUGUGUUUGUGUAUCUUUCUUUACAAUGUUAAGGAGGCCUUGUUUAUGCCGUUGUUGUUGGCGUGCACACAAAAGAAGGAUCCCAGUCUCUUCUACAUACAGAGACAUACAGAUUAAUAAUUGAGCAUCAGAUGGGUGUGAAGUAUCGGCUGGAACCCAAAGCGCAUGUAUCUUCAAAGGGACUAUUGGGAUUUGAAAUGUAGACAUUACAGUUCACAGGCGGUGCAUUAACCCUAAGCCUGAGAUUAAAAAAAAAAAAAAAAAGGUAUUAUAGAAGAUGUUACAGUGAUAACACUUGUGAACAACACUGUGACUUUACCUUUCAGUGGAUGGUGUUAAAGAGACAAUUUGGUUUAUGUUUUUCUGUCAUUUGAAGUCUUUCUGCGCUCUCUCCAUUGGGCUACGUGUAAACCUACACAUUCAAUAGUCGGACAGAUGAAUAAAAAGAUACCGUAUGCCAGUAAGAGGUCCCCGUGUAAACAUGGAAGAUGUUCAAAUAGUAAACAGGAAGCGUUUGUUUCCACAGGGGUAGAAGGGUCAUGCUGUCAUCAGCCUGUUGUUAUGGAAACGACAUCUUCCUCGAACAUUCCACAGUCCUUUCUCUCAAGAAAGCACGGUGGUGAAGACACACAAAUACACACACACACACACACACACACACACACACACACACACACACACACACACACACACACACACACACACACACACACACACACACACACACACACACAAUAUAAAGCUUUACAAAAGAAAGGAAAAGUAAAUACGAUAGUUUUAUUGACAAGAGAGCUGUAGAUGAGCGUCACAGGCAUGAAUAGGCUACUUGAACAAUUGAUCAGAAAGCUGUUUGAAAAAAAAAAAACAUGCCUUAACAUUCAUGGUUCCCUGAUCUUCUGUCCUUUGGUGAUCCACUUAGUUUGGCUACAUGGCGAAGGUAAAAAGAUAAGAUUUUGCAUAAUAUGACUGCUACGCGGUAUGAAGCACAGAGGAGCCACACAGGACGAUGACAUUUCAAAAGGGACUGAAUGCACGGUGAAGACAUUCCGCAGGUUUUCCGUCAUGCUCGUCUCCAGAACCGACCAAACGCUCAUCUGUCUUCUCGUCGUUGUGAUGGCGGCGGCAGAGGUGCAGGAAAACAUCUCACCAGAGUGUAAACAGUUCCUCUACAUGGGCACGCUGCCUCGAGGGCUGGAGGAGAAGGCUUCUAAGAAGAUCUGCCAGUACUAUGCAGGAAACCCACGAUUUGUCACCUUGUACGACACUUUGAACCACAUCCCUGUUUAUUCUGCGUACACCUUCAAGCGCUCGGACGGCUUCAAGAAGGUCGAUGUACCAUGGAUGUAUGAGCCACAGCUCUCCACAGCAUCAGGCUCCAGAGACAUGCAGCAGCUUCCCGCAGAAAACCUUCACCGGAGUUUCGAGGAUGCUCAGGCCGUGCUCGACGACUACUCCGACAGUGUCAUCUUCGAGCGCGGCCAGCUGAAUCCGGAUGAGCACCAGGCCAGCCCUGAUGACAAGGCAUCCACCUACACUCUGACAAACGUUGUCCCUCGGGUCCGAGAUUUCAACAUCGGCCCUUGGAAAAACCACGAGCACACCAUCCGAAGGCGCCUCAACAACUACUGCCGGGGCACCGCAUACAUGGUCACGGGGGUCACCAUCUCCGGGCACACAAUCCGCCGACACAACAUCAACCGCCUGGGCAUCCCCACCUAUAUCUGGUCGGCCUACUGCUGCGUUGACUAUGACCACAAUGCACCUUACUCUGAGCGCUCAAAGUUUCCAGCGUUCGCAGCCUACGGUCUAAACGACAGGGAGAGAAAUAACGUUCAAGAGAUGACGAUGCAGCAGCUGGAGGACUUCCUGAAGAAGGUGACUUAUGUUGACAGUAAUUUCCAGGUCUUUUACGACAACUGUGCCCUGCACCCUUCUUAAAGAAAUGGAGAUGAUCCUUUGGUUUAGAUUAAUACACACAGCAGAGUCAAUUAUCCUUAAUAUUCUUUCUUACUUGCUUCAUAAGAACUAAUUAUUAAAUUCAGUCUACAUUUGUAUCAAUUUAUUUAAACGUGUAGUUUCUUUUGCUGAGUGUAACUUUAUGUCCACAUGCCAAAAUGUGUUUUCCUUUAUGCAAAAAGAAAAAUCAACAUUUGAAGGCUUGUUUUCUUUACAUCAAAAUCAUGUUAAAUUGUUAGAUUAAGUGAAUAGACAACCUAGGUAAGUCCUAUUUUUAAAUUUGGACUCAUCUUUUCCCAUAUUAACCCUGACACAAUAUACACAAUAUGCUAAAUUUGCAUUUUUCUGAAGCUAUAAGGCAAUAUGAACACUACCUUUAAACCACUAGAUUCAGUUUUGUUAUGUUGCUCAGUGGCAAAGAUUUGUAAACUAAGUAAAGUCAAACUCUUUGCAUCUUCAGUAAAACCUGUCAAAUUGUCCCCACAUGUAAUAAAGUUGUCAGUUAAGGUACAUUAAGGAGCUUUGGUACACAUUAACGUACUAUGAAAAGCCAUAGUUGUACUCUUCAUUUGCUUUAUCUCGUGUUAAUAUGUAUCCUCUUACGGGACAGGACUUCUCGUGCCUCUGAGGGCCUUUUGUUCAACACACACUGAUUAAAUCAGCAGUUUUACAUUCACACAUACAGAACAGCCUCUGAAGUGUAGCACUGCAGAGCGCAGCACGACAAGCUGGGCCAAUUUCACCCUUCUGACUUUUUAUUACUACUAAAUAAUACAACUUGUGAUUGAAUUUCCAGGAAUUUGUGUCCAGAAACCGGAAUAGUUUCUUUAUAUUUAUGUUUUUAUUCAUUUUAAAGUAUUAAUUUGUCAAUCUCCCUAAUCUGGUACCCUUAUGGUACCCCGUUUGGUUAAGACUUGGAUCACAAACUGUUGAGAGCUGAACUAUAAAAGCUAAAUAAAGUGGAUUACAACCCCAUACAAAUAUUUUCAUUAUUAUAUGUCAGGAAUUAGAAUAUUUUUUUGCUUGUGCUUCGAUAAGGCAAGACAUUUAUUUGUUCAAAAUCGUAUGCAAAUAUUGUUUUGUAAUUAAAGAGGAAAUCUGAAGCUAAAAAAAUCCUAUGAUCCCACAACAAUGAAAGUAAGUAUAUAAAAAAGCUGUGAGGUGGAUCUGUAAUAAACAUCAGUCAAGCAAAGUACAUAAAACUUCGUGUGUUAAAAAAAAUUGCACAGUUAUGAUUGAUUGAUGAUAAAGUAAAGAGACAAUGGCUUGUUAACUUUAUAUAAUAUUUAUGUGUUUUUUCCUCUACUAUUGACAAAUUCGUGUUAAAGUUGUUGAAAAGUAGAUGGGCAGUAGGAAUUAAGUGUAACCUUCAUCCUCCUCCUUGUUGAAUAUGUACUCUCUGCUUUGUGUCAAUUACAGCAGUCUAUAUUAUUGUUUAGGUUUACGUUUCAGAUUUUAUUCAGCUUUCCUUGUUCUGUUUUUCUUUUAUCUUAUCAACCUGUUUGAAUAAAGAUCCCAAUCAAUCAUCA